GCAGGGCUGGGACACGGCUGCCCUGUAGGCCACAGCAGGCCACUGCUGGAAUCCACAGAUCAGAAUGCCCAUGAAGCGGAUGUAUUCAAACAUAUACUUUGACCACUUUAAUAAUCAACGGCUUCUCUCAGGUCAGAACGCUCCAUGGCUGUGCUUCAAGGUGGAAAGAGUGGAGAACUGCAUGCUUGUCCCCUUGGAGACAGGGGUCUUUGGAAACCAGGUAUCAGGCUGUUGUGGGAAAACAGAGAGACCUGUAGAACCCACCUCCCUGACCCGAUCAGUGCUUGUCUCCCCAAAUCCAGGAACAGAGCUGAGGGCCCAGCAGCCCUCCAGGAAAGGGCAUCUGGGGAAACUGGGGUGCGUGGAGUACCCAUCACCUGGUCUGGCCCUUGUCAUGCUGGGCUAUGGGGCCUCCACCUACUGCCCUGAUUCCUCCAUGUACUGCCCGGAGACAUGCCACCACCCAGAAAUGUGCUUCCUCUAUUGGUUUGAGAAAACGCUAUCCCAUGAGGAACAGUACCAGAUCACCUGGUACGUAUCCUGGAGCCCUUGUGUCAACUGUGCAGAGGAGGUGGCUGAGUUUCUGUCGGUCCAUCCCAAAGUCAACCUGACCAUCUAUGCUGCCCGCCUCUACUGUUACCAGAAACUAAACCACAGGCAGGGGCUUCGAAGGCUGUGUAAGGAAGGGGCCUGUGUGAAGAUCAUGAACUAUGAAGAAUUUGACCACUGUUGGGAAAACUUUGUGUACAAUAACUAUAAGUCAUUCAAGCCUUGGGUGAAACUGCAAGAUAAUUAUGAACUUCUGGCCACUGAGCUGGACAAGAUUCUCAGAAUCCCGAUGGAGAGAAUGCCUCAAAAGAAAUUCCGCUUCCACUUUCAAAACCUAAUAGCCAAGGAUCGAAAUACCACCUGGCUGUGCUUUGAAGUGAAAAAUGUGAGGAAGAAGCACCCACCUGACCUCUUGGAAAGGGGGAUCUUUCAAAACCAGGUCACCCCCAGGAUAAACUGCCAUGCAGAGAUGUGCUUCCUCUCUUGGUUCCUGGAAAACAUGCUGCUCCAUGGCAAGCGCUACCAGGUCACCUGGUACAUAUCCUGGAGUCCCUGUUCUAUCUGUGCAGAGGAGGUGGCCGAGUUCCUGUCAGCCCAUCCCAAAGUCAGCCUGACCAUCUACGCUGCCCGCCUCUACUACUUCUGGGUACCAGGUUACAGGCAGGGGCUUCGAAGGUUGGUUGAGGAAGGGGCCCGCGUAGAAAUCAUGAACUAUGAAGAAUUUGACUACUGUUGGGAAAACUUUGUGAGCAUCAACAAUGAGCCAUUUCAGCCUUGGGAGGGACUCCACGAAAAAUACGGAUAUCUGGUCACCAAGCUGAACAAUAUUCUUGGGUGA